AUGGCCGCCCCUGCAUGGCAAACCGACGAGCUCGGAGAGGAGUGGGUAGAGACCUCUCCGUCGCCCCCCUCUUCACCGACCCAACAAACAUCGACAAUCAACAAUGCAUCGAGUCUGAACGCGAAACGAGGCUCCCUUCGAAGUCUCGGUCAGGGUGCCGCCCGUGCACUUCCGCCCAGCCGCAAGAACUCGCUCGGCCCCGACUACGCACGAAGCCCAUCCAACCCUCUCAUCAGGAAUGUCAGCGGCAUGCUGUCACCGCCGACGAGUGUCAGUGGCGCCAGUUCUAGCGGGGACGAGGACCGGGCAGCGACCGCCGCUGCAGGCACGUUCCAAAUCAAGGAUGGAGAGGACAGCCAUGGGAAGGCGUUCCCGAAGAGCAACCCUUUCGGACAAGGGAAGGACAUGUUCUCGGCUCUCGCCCUUGAGCGCAUGUUUGAGCCGCCAUCCCCGCCAGUGCAGACCUCGAGCGCCCCGACAUCACCCCCUGCAGCCGACAAGACCGGUGACACCAUUGCGGCUGAUAUUUCCACCUCUCCGCGCUCUGUAUCCGCACCAACAAAGACGUCUACUCCGACGUCGGCUCCCUUCGCUGGCCUGGAUCGCCGAGUUUCUCACCCGUACGCCCCUACCUGCCCCUCUCGACUGAGCAAGUCUAUGACACCAAUGGACGCGUCAUUCGGAACUGUGACUGAGUCCGAGCAGCGAAGUACGCUCCUGCCGCUCGACCACUCGGGGGUCGACGACGAGCAACCAAAUCUUCUUCAUCUGGGUGACAACUUGGAGACGCAAUCCGACUUCGAUCACUCUGACCUCUUACGGUCACCAUCGCCCUCGGAUUCCCGAUCAAAAUCGCGGACCCGAACACAAUCUAGAUCGCCCUCUCCGACACCCCGGGGUCCAACGCCCGUAGAGUCGCCGACAAGGUCGCCGACGGGUCACAGUUUCGGAACCACUCGUGAGAUCUCUACCCAAUCUCUGUUAGAAGAGUCAGAAGACGCUGAGCAGGGCGAGGAGGAUGAUCGACAACCCUCCCUCGACAAAGACGGAUUUGCAUUCACAUUCACUUCUCCUGUUCGGCGGGAGUCUGGUAUCUCGCGACCUUCAUUCUCACCCGACUUCAGCCCCUUAAAGAACGGGGAGCCAUCGCACUCGACCCUCCGCUCGAAGGAGAGUAAGGGAAACCCAGGAGGCUUGCGGUUAUUCCGCAAUACGUACGACACCUACACACGAGAGCACUUAAGCGCGCUCGUCGACAGCAUCGCCAUCCGACCGUCACCUUCGCCGCCUUCAAUGCCGAACGCGAAGGAUCUGAGGGACUGGUCUCCGGAGGCCACAAGGAGCCCGGUGAUGUCUGGUUCGUCAUCUGAGUCGCGCUCCCUUUCGAUGACUCCCGAUUCCGGAACUUCCCUGUCCGAUGAGCGCUCCUCGAAGCGGCUGAGGUUGUCUCCAGUGUCUCCGAGACCACGCGGCCCAGCAGCCGUGAGGGACUGGGAAGCUCAAGGGGCGGCUCUCAUGAACCGCAUCCGGGUUAGCGAGCCGGACUACAGUUCUGUUACCAGUGACAGCCGGAGUUCACGAAGCCGCAGCGAAACCCCGAGCACAGCGGCAGAACGGACAGAAAGUGGCAUCGGAGGGCCUACUGUGGAUUACGACGCCAUUCCCAAUAUUCCAACGCCGGCUGAGUCCGAGGCGGAGGAUGCUCGAGGGACUAUGCGGUCAACCAAGUCAUCUCAGAGGGUGGUUAACCGCGGCAGCAUGCGCUCAGAAACCAGCAAGAAUGUCGGUAGUGUCGGCUCCGAUGGCAAAUGGCGCUCCAACCCGUCGACCACGAGCUCAACCUACCUACACAGAGCCGAGGACAUGAUGGCCCGAAUCAAGUCGCGCAAGGUGUCCGACUCGACCUCUACAAACGUGGUCAGCCCGGAGAUGGGCCCCGAGAAAUCUCUUUCCACAAACUCCUACUCAUCAGAGGCGGAGAGUCACAUCCCCCGCUGGAGAAGCCCUGAUGAUGAUCGGAGCAGCAAUCAGGACGGCGCCAGGUCGUCAAGCAGGACCUCACGGACUUCGGUUGAGGGCGCCGGACGCCCGCCUAAUGUCAAUCGUGAUGACCUGAACCGGUUUAUCUCGUCUAGCACCUUAGCGACGGCCACAACCGCCUCAACAUCCUUCGUGAAGCACGCUGGGCCCCGUGACCCCUCAAAGAUGCGCGCUGGCAUGACUAUGAUUCAGCCCGGAGACGUGCAGAAUCUCAUGUCUGAUCGGAUAGGAAAGAUGCGCUACGAUCCUGCGAGUAUGCGCUGGAUCCGCGACACCAACGACUCUUUAGGUCGCGUGGAUGAGGCUGGAGAGAGCCGCUUAGGCGCCAGCGACGACAGCGCCGACCCCUUCGCGGGAAUCGACAGCGUCAAUUCGGUUUCUCCGCAGACUCGCAUCACAGCUGCAUUCGCCACUCUGGCCGAUGAGCCUGUUGCCGACCAAGACCGUGUUUCUGACAAGAGCAAAUCUGAGUCUGAAUCUGAAGCGGACGAGGCGGCCCAGGAGGAGCAUGACGAUGCCGAUAAGACGCCAAUGGCCAUUGAACGGCCCAUUCUCGGUCAAAGCGUGUCCGCUCCGGUCCUCAAGACGCCAAAUGUUGCCAACGCCGGUACACCCAACGGCGGUUUGCGCUCUGCCUUGCGUAAUCCCAACGCUACUCCAGCUUCGGCCAUGAAGAAGCGUACAGCUUGGCAUGCUGAUGUCACUCCCAGGCCAGCUUCGGAAAGCCCUUCGAUGAAGCAGCGGAGCGUGAGCUUCUCGGACGGUGUCAUGAUCGCCGAGCAUCUGCACUACGAGGAGUACACGGAGUAUGAGGAGCAGCCGACUGAGCGCAGCUGGAUGCCCAGUGCUCGCACGAAGCGGAUUCAGGGGGUCCUGGACAACAUGGCCGAGCUCACUAUCGAGGACGGCAGCCCUAGCAAGGCGCGUCCCCCCAGGUCUCUCUCCCCGAAGCGACCUUCGACCAGCCAGAAUCCCGCUGUAGUCGUCGACCUCGUAGACACCACCGCCGACGACAGCGAGGACACAGUCCCCUUACCAACCCGCUCAUUCCGCAGCUUCCGCAGCCGAGGUGGUCGCGGUGACCAGACGUUCCUAACGGAGUGCUCCUUCGGUGUAGCCCACGACCGACUCGUUCAGCUCAUCACCGACGUUCAGCCCUUCGAGCCGUACUGGGAGCAGCUGAGGACGAUCGACCUGAGCCACAAGGGCAUCGACUCCCUGGCCCGCCUGAAGGAGUUCCUGCCCGCGCUGGACGAAGCCCGUCUGAACAACAACGCGAUCGAGUACCUGUCUGGCAUCCCCUCGACAGUCCGGACGCUGCACGCCUCCUUCAACCGCCUGACCAGCCUCACUAGCGUCAACCACCUGCGCAACCUGCAGUACCUCGACAUCUCGCACAACCAGCUUGAUGGUGUUUCGCAGCUCAAGUGUCUGUCGCACCUCCGCGAACUGAACUGCAGUCAUAAUGGCAUCACAGAUCUCAGUGGCAUCUUAGACAUGGACUGCCUCAUCAAGCUGAAUGCCUCUAGCAACCAAAUCAAGCGUGUGGACCUGGAGGGCUGCAAGUGGCAGCGUCUGGAGACUCUCGACUUGUCCAACAACCACAUCCACUCCGUCCACGGCUUAAACACUCUCAGAUCGCUCACGUCGCUGAACUUGGACCACAACAGCCUGCACAACCUCGAGCCUCCCGCGCCCAUGACAAGCGUCCGAGUGCUGCGGCUGUCCGACAACGAGCUGAACUACCUCGACUUAUCCUUCUUCCCGCGAGUUCGGACGCUGUUCGCCGACAACAAUGCGAUCCCAGGUUUGUCGCGUAGCUCGACAGGUGGCCAUCGCAUUGAGAACCUGUCGCUGCGCAACCAGCGCGUGCAGAGGUUCUUCCUUUCGCCGGAGGACCUGCAAUCGGUCAAGAGGCUGUACGUCAGUGGCAAUAAGCUGGACGCGGACUUCAUCCCGCUUCCCGUCUUCUCGCUCGUUUACCUCGAAGCUGCCGCAUGCGGUCUGACGUCGUGGCCGACCGACUUUGCCUCGCGCGUGCCGAACCUGCACAUCCUCAACAUAAAUUACAACUUCCUGAGCGACCUGGAUGGGCUCGCGGGACUUGUGCGCCUGCGGAAGCUGAUGGCCGUCGGUAACCGACUCGGUUCCCAGCGGUAUGCAGAUGGACUGCAGAGCGCGCCGCUCGAGGAGCUCGACCUGCGCAUGAACCCGGCGACGUUAUCGUUCUACUUACCGAUCAUGCUGCCGAAGACAAAGGCGAAGAACGGCAAGCGCGACGCAGACGGCACGAUGACGAGCGUUGCCUCGCUCGAGGCGGACGACGCCGCUGUGCCAGCGAACUGGGCUGCGCUCGACAACCAGUUCCGCAAACAUCUCCCGGAUGAAUGGUACUCGAAGCGCCUCGUGUACCGCGGCCUCCUGAUGGCCAGCUGCCCCGACCUCCGCACCCUCGACGGCGUCGUCAUCUCGAGCGGCGAGAGGCGCAAGGCUGCUCUGCUGCUCGAGUACGUUGCUGCCGCCGGCGCUCGAUGA